UGCAGAACACGAGUUGAUGACGAAAAAAAUACUUCUCGGCCGCGGCCAGCCAUGAGCUGUUUGGAUGUUAUGUAUCAAGUCUACGGUCCUCCCCAGCCCUACUUCGCAGCAGCCUACAGCCCCUAUCACCAGAAACUCGCCUUUUACUCCAAAAUGCAAGAAGCCCCGGAGAGCGGCAGCAGCGCCAGCAGCUCCUUCUCCAGCCACCCCGCGGCCAGCAUCAAGGAGGAGGACUGCAGCCCCGAGAAGGAGCGACCCCCCGAGGCCGAGUACAUCAGCUCCCGCUGUGUCCUCUUCACCUACUUCCAGGGGGACAUCAGCGCCGUGGUGGACGAGCACUUCAGCCGGGCGCUCAGCCAGCCCAGCAGCUUCUCCCUCGGCAGCUCGAAGGCGACUCGGAACGCCGGCUCCUGGCGGGAUGGCUCCUUCCCAAUGAGCCAGCGCAUCUUCCCGCCGUCCUUCUGGAACAGCACGUACCAGCCCUCCUCAGUCCCAGCCAGCCUGAGCAGCCCCCUGGCAGCUGCUGCCCACAGCGAGCUGCCCUUCGCCACCACCACCGACCCCUACGCACCUGCCUCCCUGCAUGGCCACCUGCACCAGGGUGGCCCUGAGCCCUGGCACCAUGCCCACCACCACCACCACCACCACCACCACCACCCCUACAUUGGGACACAGAGCACUGCCUACCCUCGCCCCGCCACCAUGCACGAGGUCUACGGGCCCCACUUUGACCCCCGCUACGGCUCCCUUCUGGUGCCCACUGCCUCCGUCCGCCCCCACCGCCUCACCCCCGCCUCCGUGUCCACUCCAGUCAGUCCCCCCUGUGAACUAGGCAAGAGCGAAGCGGGCGCUGCUGCAGCCUGGACGACACCGGGCCCUUUCCCCAGUGCAGCAGGAGACAUGGCACAGAGCAUCAGCCUCAAUGUUGACACAGGUUUGCAGACUCAGGAUAAAAGCAAGGAUCUGUACUGGUUUUAGAGCUGUCCUUCACUCUUCUUCCCCUGGCUAUCCCCUGUAGCUCUCUGCCUGUUAGGCAUGGUGGCAUUCAGAGCUGAAAUCGGGUCAGUUUGUAACAGCUUCUGAUCUUGGUUUGCAGCUCGCCGUUACUCCUUCUGUGGUGGAUCCCUUCUGAGCUGAUGUGCUGACUCAAAGACUCUCAGAUUCCCCCCUGCCCUUUUCCAAGCCCACCGUGGCCCCGCAGUUCUGGUAAAGACAACGGGAUUUAAAAGGACCUGGCAUUGCAAGGGCGAUAUUUUAGAUUUGUUUCACAAAGGAAAAUCCUUCUGAUGCAAGAGGAGAGCCAAAGACAUUGAACUUCCAUUUAAGCAGACCCCACACCGAGACCUGAAUUCAGACUACUCUAAAAGAGUCAAAUGACAUCAUGGAUGGUGAUGCAAAACGACUGGCCUUCAUACAAGGAACGGAGAAAAUUGUGGGGGUUCUUUUUUAGUGGUGUGAAUAUUUUUUUAUGGCAGCGAAAGUUAUUUCUUGAGUGCAAACAUGGGAAAGCUACUUAGCAGCUUUGAACUGGAUUUUUACUUUCCUUUAUAGAAAAGUAAAAGGAGAAGAAACUGGAAUUCACAAACAUUUUCAGACUGUCAAGGAACUGGUCAGAUUUUUCAGCUUUGUGGUUGUGAGUGGCAAGUGUCUGGCUGGGGCCACCUGCCCUGGGCUUAUAGAUAUGCAGCUGUUCCGCUCACAACUGCUCAAAUCCCAGAAAGAUGAAAACCAAGGUGGCACUUCUUAGAGUUUGGCACAACAUUUGCGUUGGAUGUAUAACAGUUGUUUGGUUGGGGGAGCGGGGUGGUGUUUGGUUUUUUUG